AUGGAGCUCUGCCGUGUGCUGCUCCUGAUCUUCUCCGCAGCCGGGCCGGCCCUGUGCUAUGAGCAUGAGACGCGCCUGGUCGACGACCUGUUCCGGGACUACAACAAGGUGGUGCGCCCUGUGGAGAAUCACCGCGAUGUCGUCGUCGUCACUGUCGGGCUGCAGCUCAUUCAGCUCAUCAAUGUGGAUGAAGUAAAUCAGAUUGUAACAACCAACGUACGCCUGAAGCAGCAAUGGACAGACAUCAACCUGAAGUGGAACCCAGAUGACUAUGGUGGCGUGAAACAAAUCCGCAUCCCAUCAGAUGACAUCUGGCGCCCGGAUCUUGUCCUUUACAACAAUGCGGAUGGUGAUUUUGCCAUUGUUAAAUACACCAAGGUCCUUCUGGAACACACGGGAAAGAUCACCUGGACACCUCCUGCUAUCUUUAAAAGUUACUGUGAAAUUAUAGUCACAUACUUCCCAUUUGAUCAGCAGAACUGUAGCAUGAAGCUGGGAACGUGGACGUAUGACGGUACAAUGGUGGUUAUCAACCCGGAGAGUGAUCGCCCCGAUCUGAGUAACUUCAUGGAGAGUGGUGAGUGGGUGAUGAAGGACUACCGUGGCUGGAAGCACUGGGUUUACUACGCCUGCUGCCCCGACACUCCCUACCUGGACAUCACGUACCACUUCCUCAUGCAGCGCCUGCCGCUCUACUUCAUCGUCAACGUCAUCAUCCCCUGCCUGCUCUUCUCCUUUUUGACAGGGUUUGUUUUUUAUCUACCCACAGAUUCAGGUGAGAAAAUGACCCUCAGCAUCUCUGUCUUGCUGUCACUGACUGUGUUCCUGCUGGUCAUCGUGGAGCUGAUUCCUUCUACCUCCAGUGCAGUGCCUCUGAUAGGCAAAUACAUGUUGUUUACCAUGGUGUUUGUCAUCGCUUCCAUCAUUAUCACUGUCAUCGUCAUCAACACCCACCACCGCUCUCCCAGCACUCACACCAUGCCACACUGGGUCAGGAAGAUCUUUAUUGACACAAUCCCAAACAUCAUGUUUUUCUCUACAAUGAAACGACCAUCCAGGGAUAAACUAGACAAGAAAAUUUUUGCAGAAGAUAUUGAUAUUUCUGAAAUUUCCGGGAAGCAAGGUCCUGUGCCAGUCAAUUUCUACUCCCCACUUACCAAAAAUCCAGAUGUGAAAAACGCUAUAGAGGGAAUCAAAUACAUUGCGGAAACGAUGAAGUCAGACCAAGAAUCCAGUAAUGCGGCUGAUGAGUGGAAGUUUGUUGCAAUGGUGCUCGAUCAUCUUCUCCUCGUAAUAUUUAUGCUAGUCUGCAUUAUUGGAACAUUAGCUGUAUUUGCUGGUCGCCUUAUUGAAUUAAAUCAGCAAGGAUGA